CCUGAGCUUACCAAAAUGGCGCCCAUAGAGUCAUAGAACGUACUUCAACAUAUCCAACGUAUUCUCCUGCCAGUAAUCUAUCUUGCUCUGUUCUAGAAUCUUUGCUCACAACACCACUAAUGUGACUGCCAGUGGCGACGACUAGACUUCAUACCGAACUUCUGGUAGCCUAGUUUGUACAACCAUGAUGCAAUUUUUGGUCGGGUUCACUCUGGGAAACGUGGUCGGAAUGUACCUGGCCCAGAACUAUGAGGUACCCAACAUCUCUAAGAAGAUCGAGGAGUUCAAGAAAGAUGUGGAAGCCAAGAAGAAGCCCCCAGAGUGAGCCGUCUGGGGCGUGCAGGGUGUUUAAACCCCAGCCGGGCUCUGUGGAGAGUGACGGGGAGCAUCUUCCUACUCCAUACAAGAGUGUAUAAGGACUUGUGUUUGAUAUGAGCUUGUGUAUAAGGACUUGUGUUUGAUAUGAGCUUGUGUAUAAGGACUUGUGUUUGUGUGGAAGAAUGUGUGUUUGUGUGGAAGAAUGUGUGCUUGUGUGGAAGAAUGUGUGUUUGAGUGGAAGAAUGUGUGUUUGAGUGGAA